AUGCCAUCACGCUACGGACUCAUCGGGAGCCCGAAAUCCAAACCCGGGUCUCCCACAGUGGGUCAGUCUCUGGAGGACCUCCGCUGCAUGUUCUCCUGGAGCCCCUCAUCACCACGGUGGAGGCUGUGGAUCGUUUUCCUCACCUGUCUGUCGAUUGUCGGGUGCAGCUCACCGGGUAUGUGGCUAACGCUAACAACAACUAGCAGCGGUACCUCCACCAUCGUGCCGGCCGGCUCAUCGACUCGGACGUGGCGCCUCCAUAGCAGCAGUCCAUCUCCACGAUCACCACCACUGAACCUUCCACGCAGACAACGUUACAUCCACAGAGGAUUGGGCCGCCGGUUCACAGUCCUGAAACACGGCGGCGAAAACUCCAUAGCAUCCCUGUGGUCUGCACAACAUGGCGCACUUCGACGACGUCACACUCUCACACGUCAUCAGAGCACUGCCACACACAGAGCUCAUAAAAGGAGCGAGAGAAAUCCCGGAGUGGACUACAGUGUUCUGCGCCCCCUAAGCGGACUGGAUUCAAAAAGAACCAUGACAAUUGAACAACUUAAUGUUCGGUCUCUGUCAAAUAAAGCUGGACUUAUCCAUGACCACAUUUCGGAGAGGGAUAUAGACAUUAUGUGCCUCAGUGAGACAUGGCAACAGCCAGGGGUCUUCUCUGCCCUCAACGAGGCCUGCCCCCCAGGGUAUUCGUACCUACAUAAGGCCCGCACUACUGGCUGGCCCGCACUACUGGCUGGCCUACCGGUGGGGGCCUAG